AUUUAAUUUUUUCUUGUUUACAAGAGUGGUCUUCAAACUUUUGAACUGACUGGAAAAUCACUCUGCCUAUUAUCGCUAUAUGCAGAGAAGUUAUUAGCCGAGUUUAUACCAUCAGAUACACCAAUUGAGAUGAACGACAUGGAAAACUAGGGCAAUCGGGGACAUGACCAUUUGACGGUUCAUAGUAUGGCAUCGAUAAUUACUGCAACAAAUAACCUCUCUUUGCGGAAUAAACUUGGACAAGGAGGUUUUGGGCUUGUAUACAAGGUAAGUUCUUCCAUCGAUGCUAUUUAUACGUACUUCUCAUAGACUUUGGUUUACAAAUUCAAGCUAAUAUCAUUGUUAUUUUAGGGAAAGUUGUCGAAAUGACUAGAAGUAGCUGUGAAGAGGUUAUAAAAAACAUCGGGUCAAGGGAUGGUUCAGUUCAUAAAUGAGCUCAUAUUGAUAGCUAAUUUACAACAUAGAUACCUGGUCAGACUUCUGGGUUGUUGCAUCCAUGGAGAAGAGAAGAUGUUGGUGUACGAAUAUAUAACAAAAGCUUGGAUUCUUUUAUCUUUGGUAAAUUUGACAAUAUCAUGAUGUGUAGCAUAGUUAAAGUUGUGUGUUUCAUUCUUGAUUUCGUGAAUGUUCUAUGUGACAAUAUGUGGGUCUUUUAUUUUUUCGUUCAUGACACAGAUGAAUCGAAGAAGUUGUUUUUAGAUUGGAAUAAGCGUUUCAACAUUAUUGAAGAAAUAGCUCAAGGAUUGUUGUACCUUCAGGAGUACUCUAGGGUGAGGAACAUAGGGAUCUAAAAGUUAGUAACAUACUAUUGGAUGAGAAUUUGAGCCCUAAGAUCUCGGACUUUGGAAUGGCACGCAUUUUCAGCACAAAUGAAUUGGAAGCUAGCACAAACAAGCUUGUCGGAACAUAGUAAGUGGUCCGCAAAGUUCCCCCACUCGUCAUACUAUCAUUACUCUAGUUGUGGUCAAGUUCUUGAUAUAAGUUUAAAGGAUAGCUUACGUAAUAGGAUUAAUUAAACCUUUAGCAACUAAUUUUGUGGUGUAGUGGUUAUAUGUCUCCGAAGUAUGCUAUGAAUGGCACAUUCUCCACCAAAUCAGACGUAUUCAGUUUCAGAGUUAUGGUUCUAGAAAUAGUGAGCGGCAUGAAGAAUUAUGGCAUUAUUCAGCUCGACCCCCCUAUCAACCUUGUUGGAUAUGUGAGUUUCUCUCUUUGUUUUCUCUGUUGCCUUAUUAAGUAAAAUACAAUUGAACUUGAGGAAAAACAUUAUGGAAUGUUUCUUGUAUCAACUGGCGUUCCAUAUUUCAAAUGCUCCUUGCAUGCAUGGAAGCUAUAGCAAGAAGGCGCCACAUUACAAUUGAUGGAUCCAACAUUGACGGAAUCCAAUUCUAUUAAGGACCAAAUGAUAAGGUGCAUCAAUAUCGGGUUACUCUGCAUAGAAUCAUAUGCCCAUGAUAGACCAACGAUGCCAGGUGUAAUAACAAUGCUAACAAGUGAAGGCAUACAAUUACCCCCACCAAAACAACCAGCAGUCACAGUAACUAGACCGAGAAGCGUUAGCACAGAGAGUAGAUCAAGCACCAUCAACCCGUUCAAUCAAUGAAGUCACCAUGACAACGGUAAGUGGUCGGUAAUAUGAAUUUUAAUAUAUGUUCUCUAUUUCCAUAGAAAUGCUCCAACAUUCCACUUCAUGUAAAAGGUUAAAGUUACCGUUGCGUCAGUCCGAGGUGGAAUUUACAAACAUAUAUGAUCCAUAUAUAUUUUUUUAGUGUUAGGGGCCAUUCGCUUCAUGUAUUUGAAAACCAAAUCUCAGUCAUUUUGAAUUUAUCACAUCUAUUGUUUUUUUUAAGAGAGGGAGCUAAAUCCGCGUGGCUCACAUAUUUGAAAACUCCACCUUGUAGUUGUAGAGUGGAAUUUAUUGGCUACUCAUGUUAUGGACUUAUGGUGUCAAAAUACAACACCUUCUUCCCCUUAAUAGCCGCUUAUUAUCACUCCUUAAACUUAGUUAUUAUCACUUGCAUAAUUGCAUGAUUAUUAUAGUUUUUGUUAUCGUAUCUAAUAUUUUUAAUAAAAUGUGGCCAAAUGUUCUAUUAUGUUCUGGAUUUGCAGCUAUGCAUGUUUCCCUUCACUAGAUUUCAAUCAGUUCCCUUGUGCUGGUACCUGUACGGCAGCUAGUCGUCAUCAUCCGUGUUCGCCGACCUUGUUGUUCAGUUGUUUCCUCUUUCUCUCUCGAUUGAUCUCUGGAGCUUAAGGCUGCACUCAGCCUCUGCUGCAACUGCUUUGUCCUUGCUACUGGUCGAGAGAACGAAUUGGGCUGAAGAGACAACAAAUCGAGCCAAAGAGAUGCUUAAAUGGUCUGCAAAAUGUAAAAAAAAAAAAUAUAUCAUUUAGUAAGUUGCCCCCUACACUUCAUAGUUCCUUUACCUUUUGUCUAGUGGGAUGAACCUUGAUUAAAUGUUACAUCAAACGAUGCAGUGGAUAACUGGAUAUAUGUCCCCAGAGUACACCAUGGACAAUACUUUCUUCACCAAAUCCGAUGUCUUUAGUUUCGGGGUUAUGCUAUUGGAAAUUAUUGGCAGCAUGAGAAACCAUGGCCUCAUUCAAUUGGAUCCCCUAUCAACCUCGUGGGAUAUGUAAGUUACUUGCUUUUGAUUUUCCUUUUGUGUUGAAAUUUUUAGGUGAUUGAAGUCAAUAAUUGUGAGAUGCACUUACAGGCAUGGAAGCUAUGGAAAGAAGGCACCCCAUUGCAAUUGAUGGAUCCGACAUUGGGUGAUUCACUUACCUAUAAGGACCAGAUACUUCGAUGCAUUAAUGUCGGUAUGCUUUGCAUAGAAUAUAAUGCAUACGAUCGACCAGAUAUAACAGAGGUAAUAUCAAUGCUAACAAAUGAAGUAGCACUAUUGCCCAGUCCAAAACAACCGGCUUUCACAAUGUCGAGACCGAGAAAAUUACGCUCAAACUCCCCCGACCAGAAUAUCUAUUCAACAAAUGAAGUCACCAUAACUACGAUGAGUGCUCGAUAGAAAUGAACGAUGAGAAAAUCGAUCAUAUUUCUCCUUUAAGUGUAUUCUUUGUAAUUACUUGUUCAAUCUAGCUCUUCAGAUAUCUUCUCACAAGUCUUAUGACAUUUUUUUAUCAUUUAGUUUUAAAAAUUCCUCCCUGCUACUCUAAUUACGACAAAAAGGAUCUAACAAAACAAACACAGUCAUGUCCAUCGUCAUAACCGAUAGAUGAUUAAUGAUUUAAUGUUGAUUAGUCAAUUAUUAGGCUUUUAUUUGAAGCAAUCGGCUGCCAUGUUAUUGUCCUGCAGAUCGUCGUUGACCAUCUGAAAGCAAAACCCUUCAUUUCCUUUCUAAUUAAAGCUCUGGCCUCUGAGAUCUCACUGCAAUGUCGGCAGCCCAAAUCAGAAGCAGAGCAACCCGCAAAAGAACCCUUUCCAUUUUCAUCCCAACAGUUCUGCUGCUAUUUUCAAUUCCUUCUUCUUCUCUAGCUGCCAACACUCUCACCCAAGGCGGUACAGCUGUCAACUCCUCCGCCACCUUGGUCUCACCAAACGGCCUCUUCACGUUGGGCUUCCGGCGGUCCGCCGUUGGAAGCUACCUAGGGAUCUGGUACAUCAAUGCAACCAGCGGCUUCUUCUGGAUUGCAAACCGAGACUACCCGAUCCGCGACGGCUCGGGAUCGCUCUCCCUUGACCAAAACGGGACGUUGAAGCUCACCUACUCCGGCGCCGCCGCCGCAGUCAAUCUCUACUCUGACAGCCGACGGAGGAGACUAAUCGCCACGCUCGAUGACACGGGCAAUUUCGUGGUAAGCGAUGUCGAUUCAGGGGAUUUGCUAUGGCAGAGCUUCGACUCCCCAACGAAUGCGUGGUUUCCCGGGAUGAAAUUAGGCCUCGUCGGCGGGGAGAACAGGAAGGUGACGUCAUGGCUGACCGAGUCCAUCCCGGCGGCGGGGGCUUUUACUCUGGAGUGGGACCCGACAGCCGGGAAGGAAGAAUUGGUGAUGAAGCACAGAGGCGUGACGUUCUGGACCAGCGGCAAGCAAUUGACCCCCAACCGAUUCGCGAAUCUAGACCUCAGGUUGCAGAGGGUGAAUUACAACGUGUCCCGUGUCGUCGCCGGCCCCAACUCCGAUUACCUGACGUUCAGGGCUUCCACCAACGACUACAGCUCCGCCAACCAAUUGAGCUUCACGGUAGUGCGAUUGAGGUACGACGGCGUGGUUGAGGAUGUAAGUACGAGGAUUGUGAUUCUGCAGAGUGAGGAUUGCCACGGAAAUGAGACGGAGAAUGGGUGCCGGAGAUGGGACGGCCCGGACUGCCGCCGGAGCGGCGAUGGUUUCCAGAUUCUGUGGGGCACGUUUAGUUUGGGUCAAUGGGUGGAUGAGAAUAGUAGCAUGAGCAUCAGCGAUUGCAAGGAACAAUGCUGGAGAAACUGUGAGUGUGGCGGGAUUAGCUUGGAUGGGGUUAACCGUAAUGGCACUGGAUGUCGGUAUUUCAGGACCGGCGGAUUCGUACAGUUGCCGAAUCAGGAAGGAGAAGACCGGUAUCAUGUUAUUGUGGCCGGAGAACGUCAAGCCGAUACUUCGAAUGCAUCACGGAUUAAGUGGAUAGCGGUUUCUGUGACUGCGGCCGUGACGGUGCUGAUCUUCGCACUCUGCAUUUUAUGGUUCCAGAGAAGGCGCAAGCUUAGAGAGAGGCUUUUAGCAGAGUUGAUGGCCACUAAUGCACCAAGUGAUGGAGAUGAGAUGGGUGAUAAUGGUGAUCAGAGCCACAAUUUGAAAAUCUAUAGUGCAGCGUCGAUCAUGAUUGCUACAGAUAGCUUUUCCCCGCAAAACAAGCUUGGAGAGGGAGGUUUUGGACCUGUAUACAAGGGGAAAUUGUCGGAAGGACGAGAAGUAGCUGUGAAGAGAUUGUCGAAACGGUCUGACCAAGGGCUAGUUGAGUUUAGAAAUGAGCUCGUACUCAUAGCUAAGUUACAACACAGGAACCUUGUCAAGCUUCUAGGUUGUUGCAUCCAUGGAGAAGAAAAGAUGUUGGUGUAUGAAUAUAUGCCUAACAAGAGUUUGGAUUCGUUUAUCUUUGACGAAACAAAGAGAGUACAAUUAGAUUGGAACAAGCGUUUCAACAUCAUUGAAGGAAUUGCUCAAGGCUUGUUGUACCUUCAUAAGUAUUCGAGAGUGACAAUCAUACACAGAGAUUUGAAAGUUAGUAAUAUAUUACUCGAUGAAAAUCUUAACCCAAAGAUCUCGGAUUUCGGGAUGGCACGUAUUUUCAAAACAAAUACUUUGGAAGCCAACACGGCCAAGCCCGUCGGAACAUAUGGGUAUAUGUCUCCGGAAUAUGCCAUCAAAGGCACUUUCUCCACCAAAUCUGAUGUCUUCAGUUUUGGAGUCAUGCUGCUAGAAAUUGUGAGUGGCAAAAAGAAUUACAACCUCAUUCCAUUGGAUCCCCCGAUCGACCUCGUGGAAUAUGCAUGGAAGUUGUGGAAAGAAGGUUCUCCAUUAGAGUUGAUGGAUCCAACCAUGGAGGGUUCCGAUAAUUAUAAAGACCAGAUACUUAGAUGUAUCAAUGUAGGACUGCUCUGUAUAGAAUACAACACAUACGAUAGGCCAGAAAUGUCAGAGGUGAUAUCGAUGUUAACUAGUAAUGUCGUACAAUUGCCCAUGCCAGAACAACCAGGAUUUAUCAUGACCAGACCAAGAAACCACGAGGGAAGCUCAAGCACUAGUGCCUCGAAAUUUUGUUCGAGUAAUGAAGUCACCAUAACAAUGAUGGUUGCUCGAUAGUUUGAAAUACUGCAUGAUGGAUUUAUUCAAACUCAUAGAUUGACCUUUUUUUGUAAGUGUGUAAAAAUGAUAAAUUAUAUAUUUCUAUUUCUGGCAACAACUUAAAUUAUUUACAAUCAAGGUUCAAAAAGCCGCUAGACGCAAAAUAAGUGUUAGGGUCUUGCUAAGCGCCUAGUCGUUGACUAAUCAUGCUUAGACAUUAGAAGCAAAAAAUAACAUUUUUAUACUAAAUGAUGAAUGAAAGAGUUGUUUUACAACACUUUUACUUCACUUCAAAUGAUUAAAAAAUAACUUAACACUUAACAAUAUGAAAAAUAGAUCGUAAGUUCACAAAAUACAGUGACGGAGGCAACAUUUGAAACUAUCUUUGUCCUCUUUUCAUAAUAAAUAUAUAAAGAUUUA